AACAAAUCAAAAAGCGAACCCAUUUUCCAAACCAUUGUCUAAAAAAUCUAAAAACUCUCCUAUAGUAUUUAUCACCGCCAAAAUUGUUAAAAAUUUAAUUGUAGUGGAAGUCGAAGAUCUCAUCGCAUGGAAGACCGCAAGGAGAACAACACACCAUGGCUAUCGGUUCCCCAGUUUGGUGACUGGGAUCAAAAGGGUGUAUUGCCAGACUACUCUCUGGAUUUCUCAAAAAUCAGAGAAAUGAGGAAACAAAACAAGAGGGAUGUGUCAAGAGCCAGUCUUGGAAAUGAAGAAGAGCUUAUCUCCUCAGCCACCACCACCACUACUACAGACACCAGCCACAGGGAUCAUCACCAUCACCAUCAAAACCACUCUCCAACUGCAAAGAGGGGCAUUCUCAGCUACUUUAACUGUUGUGUGAAAGCCUGAGGUUUCCUGGAUCAAUAUGACACAUUUUCUUUCUUAUGUAAUGGAUCGAUCAUGCAUCGUGAAACUACUGAUAGAUAAGGAACGGUGAUGCUUUUGCGAAUCCGAUUAGAUUCUCUUUUUUCUCUUCCAUCUGAACAGUUUAUGGGCAUGUUGGUUAGCGACUUCUGGAAUUUCUUCA